AUGUCUCAACAACAACAACAGCAAUCGAAUUGCCCUCCAAACGUGGCCGAGAUGAUAUAUCGUCUAAAGACAAGACUUGCACUCGCCGACUUUAAACGCAAGCAUGGAUACGAGAAAUAUGACUUUCUCAGCCUCGAAUGGGGCCUGUUACACCAUAGCCACAUGCAGCAACAGCAUUAUCAUCAUCCUCAUCCACACAUUCAACAAAAACUAAAGUCGGCUUUUACGUUGGUUACCGCCGCAGCAGCAGCAUCAUCAUCACCGGCAUCAGCCCGAUACUACAAGAAUGGUGCCAAGGCAAAUGACCGCAGCAAUAACACUACCCGACGAUACUAUUAUUAUGGACACAGCCAUGGUAUUCCUAAAAUGAGUCAUUCUAGUGCAUCUAUAAAGAAACGGGCGGCAUUAUCAAGGACAAUGACGCGUAGCUCACCAUUAUUAUAUCCAUUAUCCGCCAAACGAAGCACUUCACCAUCCCCGACACCCACAACAACAACAUCCACAACCACCACCGCCGUCAGACGAUGUGCAUCAUCAUCACCAUUAAGUAAGAGUUACACUGUUGACGAUCCGGUCUUUUCCUCGGAUGAAGAAGAUGCAGCCAAUUUGUUGGUCAUGUUGCAACGACAACAACACGCAUGA